UGAAGUGGAAUGUUGAGGUCACAGGAUAUCAAAGCUUUGAUAUGGCGCGGUCUGGAGGAUGGAGCGCACAAGGAAGGCAGUUCUGACUCCGAACCUACCCGGGCGGGAACACCGUCGAGGUCGCUCCCGCCACAGAUCGAGACACCGCCGACGGCGCGAUAGCGCGCAAGCCGAACUGUUUAAAAGUCAGCGUUCUGAAAACAUCGGGUAGGACAUACCAUCAUGAAGCACAUAUCGCUGCACAUCUCGCCGCCGUCCUCACCGCCCUCGCCGUCGAAGCCCCUCCCCCGGAGCGACAUAGGGAGCGCGCCGUCGCGGGGAGUGCGCAAGAUUGUGAAGAAUGCUCUCUCCCGCAGCUUCCGCCACAUUUCCCAUAUCGGGCACCAUCCCAACCCCGCGGCCAUCACCGGAAUCGACCGUCACGCCACCAUCGCGGCAGCAGCAGCAACAACAACCACCACUGCUCGCUACUCUCCCGACGACCCCCUCCUCGACGUUGGCGACGUCUUCGACGCUCUUGCUAUCCCCAUCUCCCUCCCGCUUACUCCCAAGAACAAGUCCUCCUCUGAUACCAUGUCCUCGAAUCCCUCUAGCGCUGGCGGCCAGGAAAUACCCAAAUCCACCACACUGGCCGUCGCAGCUGUCGAGGUCGCACACGAUGUUCAGUCAGCUUGUAGCAGUCGAACCCCUCUUUCAUCGCCUCUCGCAUCGCCUCUCGUAUCUGAAGGCGCUCUUCCUCCUACUUCGUUGCCUGUGAAUGCAGGUGUUGAUCAUGCUGCUCAUCCGUCAUCUGACGAGAGGUUCCCGCACGAAGCAGCAGAAACACCUCUCAGUGUGGCGCAGCCGACAUCGUCCAAAGACAAACAUCUGGAGGAGGAUGUUCAUCCAGAGGAUGCCACGACAGGUACGGUGACCUCAGCGGCAGCCGCGGAAAACGAUGCGCAUCCCGAAGCCCAAGUAGAGAGGAUUGAAGAGCAGCCUACGCUAGACAGUCCUCAAUUCGACGCGGCAGAGCCUGGCACCGAGGCACGGGACAGCGUUGGUGACUCCCCCGUCCCAGACGCUCCCGAAACGUUCUUCGACGACGAGCCUGAGGAGGCUUCAGUAUCGGAGCCAGAUGAAGAAGUAUUGGAUGAAACAGUGCCUUCUGGCUUGCACGUCGAGCAGGCACGCGAGCCUGUGCUCGCGUUGGCGGAGGACGUGUCCCUUGCUCAAUCUUCAGAACAGCCAGCUUCCGUACCCGUGGCAAAACAGCCGGCUUCUCCGCCUGCUGCAGAAAAGCCUGUCCCGCCGCCGCCAACAACAGUUGAGGACGACGACGAAGACGACGAAGAACCCGAGUUGUAUCUCCCCGGACUGACGCUCCCUACAAUGUUCCUUCCUAUUCCCAACACAGAUCCAUUGAGUACGUUAUUGAUCAAAUAUAUCCCACCGGAAAGACGGCCAGUGCGGGACGUCAGUGGCAACUGGCAGGGCGCCGAUUUUAACAUGCUCGUCAUGACGAACAGUUGGCGAGCACUGGCAAAAAUGGCGCGAGAUCGCCUUGUUGAUUCCAACCCGGAUGAACUGGAUCUCGUACUCUCGCUCUGGUACUUGCGACUGUCGUGCCUCGCGCGCUUGAGACUCUUUAAUCAGACGUCUGCGGAAUGCACGAGCCUCUUCACCGUGUUAAGCAAUGUCAAGCCACAGUCUGCUCGGCAGUGGCUCUUCGAGAAGAAAGUUCCGUUCGAGCUCGAGGUGCUCUAUGCUAGAUUGAGGUACUGGGCGGGCGACCACAUGGGAUACUUGGAUGCCCUGUCCGUCCUGCUGAGAGAUUGCAAGCUCAAGGCACGCAAGGCAAGCGAAAAAUCCGACACCGUUGGCUCCGGCAUGUGGCAGGAGCGAGGUGCGAGAGUAUGUCUCAUCAUCGCCUCUCAACUAGUCGAGAUGAAAGACUUCUCCGCCGCGGCCAAACUUCUGGAGCCGCUAUGUAAACAACCCGGGAAUGUAACGUCGCCGCACGUUCAGUCCGCGGUAGGAAGGAUAUAUCUGCUGGGCGGGUAUAUUAGCAUGGCGUCCAAGCAUUUCGCGGAGGUCUCUCGGGAUGUAACUGCAGACCCCGUCCUGAAGGCCAUGAACGACGCUAUGCUCGCCUGUGCGAAUGGCGACUGGACGAAGGCUUCGAAUGAUCUCAACCAAAUUUUGACUGCCGAUCCUGAGCACUUUGUCGCGGUCAAUAACCUCGCGGUCGCGUUUCUGAGUCAGGGGCGAAUUCAAGAUGGUAUUCGGUUACUUGAAGAGACGAUCAAGAUCUCUCCUUCCUCCGCACUCGCCACUGAGCCGCUUCUGUUUAACCUCUCUACGAUGUACGAGCUUCGCUCGACAGCAGGGGCGGAUAAGAAGCGCAAUCUCCUUAUUGAGGUCGCUCAAUGGGCUGGCGAUGGGUUACGUACGACGUGCCUCAAGAUGCCGUCAACUUGAUCGAGCCAUCAUGACCGGGAGGCACGCGAACGUGCUGCUUUGGCACGGUGAGAUCUCGAGCGUUGUGUACCGCGCGUUUCAUAUCCUAAUAUUCGCUAUGUCCGUCGUGGAAGCCGCACUCCAAUGGCAGUUAGCUAGCUGCUAAAUGUCUCUAGAUGUGUACAUAUUUUCUGGUAGUUUGUCUGUAUUCUAUCAAUGAUACGAACGGCAAAUGACCCGUG